GCAAAACCGAAACAAGCCAAAGAAGAUUCCUCUCGCCUCUUCUCGAACUCUCUCCAUCGAUCAUCGCGAGGCAUGGCGGAAAGCCGGACCAAAUCGGCGCCGGACGCCGCCGGCGAUCCGGCGGCGGCGGCGGCGGAGGACGACGGGCCCGCGGCGGUCCUCGACCUCACGAGCUGCCAGCUCCACGAUCUCAGCUCGGUCGAGCUCCCCCCGACCCUGACCGAAUUGGACUUGACCGCGAACCGCCUCACGGACCUCGACCCGCGAAUCGGGCAGCUGUCGAACCUGAAGAAGCUCUCGCUCCGCCAGAAUCUGAUCGACGACGCCGCCGCCGCGGCCAUCUCUCGCUGGGAGGCGUUGUCCGGCCUCGAGGAACUAGUGCUUAGGGAUAACAAAUUAACAAAGCUACCUGAUGCCAGCAUAUUCAAGAGGCUUUUGGUUUUCGAUGUCUCUUUCAAUGAGAUUCCUUCAUUGAGUGGGUUGUCCAAGGUCUCCAGCACUCUCAAGGAGCUCUAUGUAUCGAAGAACGAAGUUCCGAAAAUGGAGGAGAUUGAUCGCUUCACUGACCUUCAGAUUCUUGAACUCGGUUCUAACAGAUUGAGGGUGAUAGAGAACUUGCAAAAUUUAAUUAACUUACAAGAGCUGUGGCUGGGAAGGAAUCGUAUCAAAACAGUCAAUUUAUGUGGACUGAAAUGCAUCAAGAAGAUUAGCUUACAAAGCAAUCGUUUGACCUCCAUGGCAGGAUUUGAGGGAUGCAUUGCUCUCGAGGAAUUGUACUUGAGCCACAAUGGCAUUGCAAAAAUGGAAGGCUUGUCAACCUUAGUCAAUCUUCGUGUAUUAGAUCUGUCGUCAAAUAAACUGAAGUCUAUUGAUGACAUUCAGAGCCUAACAAGGUUAGAAGAUUUAUGGCUUAAUGACAAUCAGAUAGAAUCACUUGAAACUAUUGCUGAGGCUGUUACCGGUUCAAGAGAGAAACUUACCACUCUCUAUCUUGAGAACAAUCCAUGUGCAAAAUCUCCAAAUUACUUCACCACAUUGAAGCGAAUCUUCCCAAACAUUCAGCAAAUUGAUUCGAAAAUAUUUGCUUAGUGGUCCUCAGUUUCUCGUUGAUGGAGCUGCUUCACACAGGGAGAUGUGAUGUGACUAGGAGCCAGAGAAGAUUUGCAACUUAUGUGCGAGCAAUGUUUCCAAGGCCCGUAGUUGGACAAAGUAUUCUCGGUUUUCAUUGGCAUUGCCAUUUCCUGCGAUAUCACUGGAGCCCUUUGCAGACUGAUUCAGUUUCCUUCUGAGGAAUGCUUCCGGACCCUGAGCACAGCGAGAUUCCUGCUUUCUUCACCGGUGGAAAACUUCAGUUUUGUCAAUUUUCUUAAUCUUUUCCAAAAGUUUUUUCUGGAUUCUAGUCCCUUGCUGCUGGGUUUUCCUAUUUCCAAGCCGAAGCCUUCACCCUUUGAUUAUGUGCCAAAACUUUAAUGCAAUAGGAUGGAUACGGGAUGCUUUUGUUGGUUGGAUGUGUAUUUAAAGCGACUUCUUCUGAGUUUAAGGACGGUGUUCAAAUGAUGAUAUGAAGUUUUUUUUUGUAUU